UCGGCUGAAUAGGCUGGUCACGGAGCAUAACAAAUCACAUGUGAUCCCCGUGCCGACAAAGUGCUGUCGCUAUCCACAACAUUGCUGUAAAGUCUCCAGUAGGCGUGAGCCCAGGUCCUCCGGUCAGGUAGCUCCAUGGAAGGCUGGCGCAAGGAGCAGCCAACGGAGGCCCUGAUCAGAAGCCUCAAGAAAGCGUUGGUCAUGUUGGGCUCUGGCUUCAAGGCUGAGCGCUUGCGAGUCAACCUGCGCCUUGUUAUCAAUCGCCUCAAGCUUCUGGAGAAGAAGAAGACGGAGUUGGCCCAGAAGGCGAGGAAGGAGAUUGCAGAUUAUCUGGCAGCUGGGAAGGAUGAACGCGCCAGGAUUCGUGUGGAGCACAUCAUCCGAGAAGAUUACCUGGUGGAGGCCAUGGAGAUCCUGGAGCUGUACUGCGAUCUGCUGCUCGCCCGCUUUGGCUUGAUCCAGUCCAUGAAGGAGCUGGACUCCGGCCUGGCGGAAGCUGUGUCUACACUGAUAUGGGCUGCCCCACGGCUCCAGUCGGAAGUGGCUGAGUUGAAGAUUGUUGCUGACCAGCUGUGUGCCAAGUACAGCAAGGAAUAUGGGAAGCUGUGCCGGACAAACCAGAUUGGGACAGUCAAUGACAGGCUGAUGCACAAGCUGAGUGUAGAGGCACCACCCAAGAUCCUGGUGGAGAGAUACCUCAUUGAGAUUGCCAAGAACUACAACGUACCCUAUGAACCCGACUCAGUGGUGAUGGCUGAAGCCCCUGCAGUUGGAGAGGCAGAUCUGAUCGACGUGGGAUUCACUGAUGAUGUGAAGAAAGAUGGCCCUGGAGGGGGAGGUGGUGGUGGAUUUACAGCGCCGCUGGUUGGUCACGAUGGAGUAAUGCCCAUGCCAAUGCCAAUGCUCAUGCCCAUGCCAUCACCAAACCCACCAUUCUCUUAUCCACCCUCAAAGGGACCAGAGAACUUCAAUGGCCUACCAGUGGGGACCUACCAGCCUUUUGCGAACGUUCAUCCGCCACCAAUUCCGGCAAACCCACCAACAUAUGAGUCUAUUGAUGAGCCUAAUGCUGACAAAGAUCCUUCUACACAGACAUCUGGGCCUAGUCCCAAGGCGGAGCCUACUCCAAAACCAAGAGCUGGAGUUCCUGAUAACUUUGACAACUUUGUGUUGCCAGAAUUGCCAUCAGUGCCGGAUACUCUGCCAACAGCAUCUGCUGGUGCCAAUUCUUCUGCCUCAGAAGACAUUGAUUUUGAUGAUCUUUCUCGGAGAUUUGAGGAGCUAAAGAAGAAAACAUAAGACAGUCUGGCCUGUAGCUCUGCUGUGAGAGGCAGCAGCUGUGACAGCUUUUACUCUCUGAAACACUCCCCUAGAAAUUGGUUUCCUGUUUUAACUUAAAAUGAAUGCACUUUUCUUUCUGAGCCCUCUUUCUGCUGUACUUAUACCAAAUGCCCCUGCUUUCCCAGUCUUUGUUGCUGCAGGAGGGGUGAACUAUGGUGGGAUCCCAUGAGACUGGAGCAGGGAACAGCUCCUAUCUGCCUGGGUGGUUAUAUUCCACAGGAAGGCAAAUCCUGGCUGCCUCUACAUGGCUCUGCAUUUCCUUUCAUGGAGAAGGAAGAUAAAGGUGGAGAGAUGACCAGAGUCAAUCCCUCUCUGGGGGAGCAUCGCACAUGUGCUGCUCAGCUCUGCUUUGUGGCCCAGAGGGCGAGUUGUGAGUGGCCUCCGUGCUGCCCUGGCUGUUUUGCGGUGCCCUGGCUCUUAGGCCAGCCCCUGGCUGAAGCUAGAUCUAGGUACAGUUUGCCUUGGAGGCUGAAGCUGUUAGUGCCAGUGGAUUCUCAGGGAGCCCUCCGUGGCCUUGGCUGUGUUACCGAGGAGGGCUCGCUCGCCUGGCAUGAAGAUAGGGCUGUGCAGCCACCUGCAGAGCGUGCCCAGCCCCUGGGGAGGAGCGGCCACCAGGGCCAGGUGCUGGCUUCUCAGUCUGCCUUAAACAGCUGCCUGCUGUAAAGCCUGUGGAGAGCUAUGCUGGGCUGGGAGGCUGGAUGCUGGGCAGUAACUUUGCUUCCCUUGAGAGCAGGGUUGUGGGAAACCUCCAGCUUGGCUGUUGGCAGCAGCGCCCCUGCAGCGCUGGCUCCUGUGUGCCUGCACGUGGGGGCGGCUGCUGAACGGGACUUGCUCUCUUCUGUGUAAUGUAUCUGUACAUAACAUUUUCACACA